AUGUCGAAACCAAUCAAGACGCCGGAAGAACUUGUCCUCGCGUUCAAGAAAUCCGGCGAGUUUGACCGCCUGCGCAAGCAAUUGCUGGCCCAGUUCCAAAGCUCGGCUGCUAUGGAGACUCUGACGGCUCGCGUGGAUGACAUCGCGAAGCGGAAGCUCACAGGAGACGAGAAGCUGGCUAGAAAGGCACCCGAAGAAGUACAUAGAGAAGUCAUGCAGGAGCUGGACCGCUACCCCAUCCUCGAGCGAGCUCUGGCCGACUUAGCCCUACCCUCAGAUCCUGCAUUCACCGAAGACAUCCAAUCGCAUGCGAAGCGUCUCCUACAAGACAGUAGAGCCAAGAAGUAG